UUGUCCCUUUUAAACAUGAACUUUUACGACUUUGUUCAUGAAACCAUAAAAAAUAGCUUACAUGGAAUAUGUUAUUGGCUUCAUUUAUAUACCAUGAAUAUCUCUCUGUCCUAAAUGAUGUGACUGAGAAAGUUGAAAUUUGAGAAGGGACAAAUUUAUCUCAUAAGAACAAUAAAACAAAAUAAAAGUCGACAAAUUUAAUUCAGUAUCUCUAAAGUAUGCCAUCUUUUGACCCUAAUUUUGGAAGUUUGUUUUUUCUUUCCUAUUCUUUAAUAAUAUGAAAUUGACCCCUACUAUUCCAUAAUUUCCAAUUUAGACUCUUCUGAACUAUCUUUUUCAAGUAGGUAUAAGUUACACUGAAUAUUAAAUCUGUUUAGGAUAAACUCACCUGAUAUUAUAUGUUGUACGUUCAUACAAACUUUGAAAAUCAGGACAUUUCAUAAUUCAAGUUAAUAAUAUACUAACUUAACAAAAAUAAUAAAAUAAAAAUGUUUAAAAUCAUAUUUGUUUACUAAUUUAAUUUUUUUUUUUAAAAAAAUAUAUAUGAAUGUUAUUUUCAAAUAUAUUCAUGGCCUUACAGGUGGCAUCGAUCAAAAUAAACUUGGCGCAAAAGAAACGAAACGAAACGAGAGCACGAACUAUAUAAAUACUGUACGGUUAAGACAAGAGCGGCAAACUAUGAAGAAACAAUGAGUCUGAGGUUCAAAGAAGUGACUGACUCGGAAUCGGAGACGAAGAUCCCUCGUCCUUUUGAUUUAGGAAAGCGGCAGACGUUGGAUCUCGGCAACGGAAGCGAAAUCCUCUACAUUAGCAAGUUUGUCUCCUCCGAUCAGGCUUGGACCUGGUUCGAUUUUCUCAAUCAACGCAUUCCAUGGACCAGGCCCACCAUUUGCGUCUUCGGUCGCUCCGUUCUCCAGCCUAGAGAUACUUGCUACGUUGCAAAUCCUGGAUUGACUACAUUAACUUAUAGUGGGUAUAAACCUCAUGCCUAUACUUGGGAUGAUUUUACUCCUCUUAAGGACAUUUUGGAUGCUGUCCACGAAGCUCUUCCGGGAAGUAGAUUUAAUAGCUUACUUUUGAACAGGUAUAAAGGUGGUAAUGAUUAUGUGGGUUGGCAUUCUGAUGAUGAGAAAGUCUAUGCACUGAACCAGGAGAUUGCUUCUGUAUCAUUUGGAUGUGAACGAGAUUUCUUGUUGAAGAAAAAGCCCAACAAAACUUCUCAAAGAAGAAAUGAUGAGGAGCCUCCAGCCAAGAAAUCAAAGAAAAGCAGUGUGGCUGAUAGACACUCAUUUGUACUAAAGCAUGGUUCGCUUUUGGUUAUGAAAGGCUACACUCAACGAGAUUGGAUGCAUUCAGUGCCUAAGCGCCUUAAGGCAGAGGCAACCCGCAUCAAUCUUACUUUCAGACACGUUAUAGUUGAUUGAUUUUGAGGUUAAUACCGGGUUGUUGUAGGAAUGUCCUUCAUGUUGUUCAAGUGGCUAUAUCUUUGGAGUGGACGUUCAUUAGUUUUGGUUCAUUGAUCAAGGAUUGUUGCUUGAUGUAGUUGUAUAACUGUUGAUGAAAAAAGUGGUCCAAUGAAUAGCAAUUAUUGCCUCCUUGACGAGCUGAUGAUCGGGAGGACAACGAGCUCUCUCGUUUACAGAAAUGUGGAAGAGAUGUAUAGUCCAUUAUCUACAAGAAAGAGAGAAUAAUUAAUUCAUCAUUACAUGCAUAUGGCCUUACCUUCAGCAGCUCAUCUUUCCCACAGCCUGGUAACACUUGAACCUUUUUCCUAGUCCUUUCAUGUAAGAGAGGCUUGAUAACCUGCCAUAUCAAAGAGAUAACAUGAUGACUAUGCACAUCAGACAGGUUUGUAAGGCUAUUACAACAUACAAGGUACAGAAUCAACCAAGAUCUAUAUCUUUAAUGGCCUUACCUUCCAACAGGAUGAAAAGACGUAAGGUGCAUUUACAAUGUAGUAAGCAGUUGUUCUCUCUGGGUAGUUCAAAUCAUCAAUGGUUGAUAAAAUUGUCAGUAACUGCAGAAACAUGUGACAGGAGCAAUUGAAUGAUCAUCAUAGAGAUUUGGGAAAUCCUUGAUUUACUAGUUAUAAAUUGCAUAUUUAAGGUAUCAAAAUACAUCACAAGUUUUCUUUUCACUUCGCUGUAGUUUAUCAUGGAGAAUAUGUUCCUCACCAUUAUGGUCUUGUUUUAAAAUAAUGGUCAGAAAGAAAUUCCUCCAGACAAUAGAUUUUAUAAACAAAAUGAAUUGCUUUGAAUCUUUUCUUUUCUCUCUUUUUUCUUUUUUUCUUCUCCUCUUAAAAUUGCACGAGCUAGUGUGAAAUUAAAUUGUGAGACGUGGAUUCAAACCGACAAGAAUCCUCAUCAUAAGAAAAUAACUUUGCGAUCUAAUCGUGCAGAUUUGUCUUUAGUUUGGACCAAUCAGAACCACUAGAAAUAGAAUCAGAAUUACGGGGAGAAAUUUAACUUGUACCAACAACAAUUGGUGAAAAGUUUAGGAAAAGAAUACCUUUGUGUGGCCAAGUGCUGAAAGUUUCAGUCCAGUCAUAUCUAAAAUCUUCACGCAGGUGGUGAUGGGCCGUCCAUACUUUUUUGAUGCUGAAGGCUACAACAAAAAAGAGCGUAGGUGUUCUUGUGUUAAUGAUACUGAAGGGUGAAGAGAGGCUUCUGUCGAAUCCCAGAAUUCAGUAACUCACCAGAAUAACACGAUCCCGAUACUCAUUUAUUUGUAUGUGCGACUGCACAUAAUCAUUCACCUGUCAAGAGAUUAAAACACCGGUUAGUAAACUCAACAAGCUUCUCAAUUUCUCACUGGUUUUUGAAGUACAGAUUUUCCAUAGUCUAGACUGCUGUUUGUGGCAUCAAAAUUCAUAGGAAGGCCCAAAAUUAUUCCUAUAGAAGAUGAAUUGAACCCGAAUACUUACAGUUGCUUUGUCUAAUGCGCUGAGUCCAACGCCAAUGGCAAAUACAGGAAGGCCCUGAGGUGAAAGAUAACAAGUUUCAGAUCAGAAGCCGGCACUCAAUCUCAUUAGAACAGGGUAUCUUAGGAUUACAUGGAUGUGUUUUAUUCAAAGUGAGAUUUCUGCUUUAAAUGAACUAGAUAUUGAUUAACAAAUUCAUACCUCUUUCGAGUAACCUGAAAGUCCGACAAGCUGUGAAUCUCUCACUGCUCUGUAGACAUCAGCAGGAAGUAUAGGCUUCUGCAGACAGCGGAAAGAUGUUAACAUAAGAAUUUUGGGCCAUCGCAGUGAAUGGGCUGUUGAAGCACUUACCCUUAAUACAUUGUCAAUCUCGUUUUCUACCCUCCAUUUUAAACAGUCCACCAGCUGAAACAUAGAAGCGGGAUGGUUCAUCAGCAAACAUGGGGAUAUUUUAGUAAUGCACAACACAGUUUGAUGUCCAGACAAGGUUGAAUCAAAAAUAUAUUUCUAACCAUUUUAUGAGCCUUGGCAACAUCGUAUUCUCGUGCCUUUAAGAAUCUGUCUAUCGUUUCAGUUAUAAAUCCUUGAUGUACAUUCUGCAAAUAGAUCAUUCGAAGUUACUUACAAGAAGUUCCAUAAGGUCAUUUGGGAUUCAAUCUCAUAUAUCAAUUAGCAGAACCAACAGCAUUUUAAGCUCUUAGAACUCGCAGUUAGAAAACAGGCCGUAACACAGAAGGAGAUGAAGAAAAAGAAGAAAGCUGGUGAACCUGAAAGGAUUUCUUCAUUGCCUGAUCAACUGCAGUUUUCGAAACAAAAAGGCAGAACAGAUCAAAUAGUUAAUAGCAAUUGAAGUUUUCAGAACUGAAAUUGAAGGAAAACAGAGUUGGUCUUCUGACCUUGAUCCAUCAGAGCUUUGAGCUUCUUGAUAGCUUCCUGAGGAUUGUUACCCAUUUGAUUGAUCUCGAGAUGAAAAGAAAGAACACCAAAGAAAAAUGCAAGCUGCCAAAAAUUUCUAUUUCUCUCUCUCUCUCUGUAGGACAAACUGAGUACGAGAAUCACGAAGCUAGAUGAAUAAUGAAUACAAGAGCCUCUCUUAGAAGAAGAGUCCGGACAAGAAAGUGAACCCAAGAUCUCACAAGUCACAAUCUUUAGAGGCGAAGGUGCUGUUUAAAUACCAAAGGUCUCACACGGACUGACCCUUCUUUAUUUCUCUGUCCUUCUCAAUGGCCUGUGAGACUGACACAAAAGUCAUUAUCUUUUUCCUUGAUUGGGAAAAGUAAGAAAGUGUGUGUCGGAAUCUAAAUACGACCCUUAAAAUAUGCAGCGAAGAAGAGGAAAAAGGAGCUAACAUUCUGAAUGGGUUCUUCGUGUCGAAGUUGCUGGCUCUGGUUUGUUUCCAGAUUUUUGCUUCCGUAAUCUUUUUCAGUAUUCUCCACUAAUAAAUAUACACCACAAACAUUAAAUCUUGGUCGUCCAACUGGUCGUUGCCAUCUACCCUUCACCAUUUGAUUUCGGGUUCUUUUUUGUUUUCUUCUCUUUCUUUCUUUUUUAUUCCCAAACCCUGUAACCAGUUAAUUGUGGAAAGCAAAACAGAGGGAAUCUUCUUGAAAAGUGAAAGCGCAGGAAAAUGCCCAUUCUCUUCGGCCUUGCUUGUUGGAUCUCAAAGUCAGGAAAUUUGAUAGCUUUUGCUGGCAAUUAUGAUGGAGAAAACUUGGUGGAGAUGCUUGGGGGACUGCCAAAGGACUUCUAUCCAUAUGGAUAACUGUGCAAACAAAAUUUGGGGAAAUGAGCAGAGUCUUUCAUCUCAAGCUCACCAAUUGAAAAUAGAGAUCAAAUCAAAACCAACCACCUUUGAUGAUUGAGCUGCUUGACCAUACUCAGCUUAACCUCUUUGAUAAGACCUAAACUGGUACAAUUUUUUUUUUUUCUUUUUAAUUGAAAAAAAGAUGCAUUUGUGGUGGUCUUUGAAUAUAGUUUCAAUUGGAUAAAAAAUUAUAUUGGACAAUUUGUUUAUCUUUAAUUUUAGGUACUUGUGCUUUAACAUUUUUUAGUUCUACAUUCAUUGCUUUGUAGAAUAUGUUGAUAUUGGUUGAUAUAAGCCUAAGGGGAGACUUAAACAAAUAUAUUGUUUCUACCAA